AUGUUGCAUUUCAAUCUACCCGAAGAAUACGUGAAUAAAACUGCAAAAUGUGCCCAAGUCGCGUUAUCCUGCAGCAGAGCAUCCCACCAGGCUGCUUUACGAGGCGCCCUCAAGUUGAAUCCGCAGUUAGCGAGUUUAACUCCCAAGGUCCGUGCGUUCGUGGAGCGCAGUGCUUCUCUCUGUGAACCAGAACACGUCCAUAUAUGCGAUGGUUCUGAAGCCGAGGGUAAAGCGUUACUUCAGUUGAUGCAGCAGCAAGGAACUGUUAAACCACUGCCCAAAUACGACAACUGUUGGUUGUCACGCACGGAUCCGGCGGACGUAGCACGCGUUGAGUCUCGUACAUUCAUAUGUUCUGAAAAUGAGAGAGACGUGGUGCCUAUUGCGAGGGCUGGACAGAAAUCAGCUCUUGGAAACUAUAUUAGCCCCGAAGGUUACGAUAAGGCUGUAUCUGAACGAUUUCCGGGCUGUAUGAGAGGUAGGACCAUGUACGUAAUUCCGUUCUCUAUGGGCCCCGUCGGUUCUCCACUAUCCAAGAUCGGUGUUGAAAUCACUGACUCACCAUACGUCGUAUACUCUAUGAGAGUCAUGACCAGAAUGGGUAAUAAAGUGCUAGAAGCUCUUCGAAAAGAUGAGCAGUUUGUUCGUUGUCUCCACGCGGUAGGUCGUAAAGAUGAUGGCCUGGAGACGAGAGGCUGGCCUUGUGAUCCUCAAAGGACCAUUAUUCUGCACCGACCAGCAGACAAUGAGAUCAUCAGCUACGGCAGUGGUUACGGCGGUAACAGUCUUCUUGGAAAGAAAUGUUUCGCUUUAAGACUUGGUUCUGUGUUAGCGCGGCGUGAAGGAUGGUUGGCCGAACAUAUGCUGAUCGUGGGUAUAACAGACCCAAAAGGUCGUAAGCGCUACGUAGCCGCUGCUUUUCCAUCGGCGUGUGGUAAAACCAACCUAGCUAUGAUGACCCCAACCUUGCCUGGGUAUAAGGUGGAGUGUGUGGGAGAUGAUAUUGCCUGGAUGAAGUUUGAUAACAACGGAGUCUUACGAGCUAUCAACCCUGAAAACGGCUUCUUUGGAGUCGCACCAGGAACGUCUUCAUCAACAAAUCCAAUAGCCAUGGAGUCUAUCUUCCGUGACACAGUGUUCACGAACGUAGCGGAGACUGCUGACGGUGGAGUAUGGUGGGAGGGAAUGGGGGAAGCUCCCGAGGCUCUCAUAGACUGGAAGGGACAGCCGUGGGACCCCAGCAAGAAGACCCCGGCCGCGCAUCCUAACUCAAGGUUCUGCACGCCGGCCUCUCAGUGCCCCAUCAUAGACGAUUGUUGGGAGAGUGCUGCUGGAGUGCCGAUAUCAGCUAUUCUCCUAGGAGGUCGUCGUCCGGCGGGUGUGCCUCUCGUGGUAGAAGCCCGGGACUGGCAGCACGGGGUCUUCAUGGGAGCCAGCAUGCGCUCUGAAGCAACCGCUGCUGCUGAACAUGCUGGUAAGGUAGUGAUGCACGACCCAUUCGCUAUGCGUCCGUUCUUCGGUUACAACUUCGGCGACUACCUCCGUCACUGGCUGUCAAUGCCGCAACAAGGACGACACAUGCCCAAAAUAUUCCAUGUCAAUUGGUUCAGAAAGGAUGAUCAGGGUAAAUUCCUUUGGCCUGGCUUCGGCGAGAACUCUCGUGUAUUGGACUGGGUGCUGCGUCGUUGUGAUGACGAGCCCUGCGCCAAAGAAACUCCACUCGGCUACAUACCGACCGAGGACGCGAUACAAACUAACGGACUUGGUUCAGUUGAUAUGAAACAACUGUUCAGCAUUCCUAAAGACUUCUGGCUGCAAGAGGCUGAUGCCAUCGAGAAGUAUUUCAAGGAAGAAGUAGGAGAAGAUCUUCCCAACGAAAUGUGGGAAGAAUUAAAUAAACUGAGGAUUAAUGUACAGAAAUCCUAA